CUUCCUAUCUCCUUUAUCCCGCCAGCAUGCCGCCCAAGCCACCCACAUCUCCCACCUCCCAUGACCCACGCCAAAAAAUACUCGUCUUGGGGUGGAGAAAAGCAGGCAAGACUUCCUGCAUCAAGACUGUCUUUCAGCAAGCUCCAGCCCAGGAGGUUCCUCAUUUUGGUGUGACUCAAAAGAUAGAGCAGAUUGACUACAACUCCAUCAUCCCAUUACAGAUAUGGGACACUCCCUCCAACUUUGAGAUUGAUCAGCUCGAGGUCCCCUUGAGCUCAUUCUCCACUAUCGUCUACGUGCUGGAUAUGCAACAAGACGACUCUUACCACGACUCCAUCCGCAAAUUCGUCCACAUCAUGGUCCGCGCCUACCUCUCCAACCCCGCUAUCCGCUUCCACAUGUUCAUCCACAAAGCCGAGAUGCUCUCUGAAGACUAUCGCGGCGAAAACUAUGCCGAGAUCCAGCGUACGACGGCGGAGGAGAUUGAAGAUUUCCGGUAUGGCGAUUUUCAGAGCCUGGCGCCGGGGUGGGAUUUCGAAGAUCCGGGGACGGUUGGGAUGAUUAUCAAUACGUUGAUACCUGAUGUGGUGUAUAGUAUGACAAGUGCGCAUGAUGUGAGUCUGAGGGCGGCUUGGAGCAAGGUCAUACAGGGGAGUAUGGAGAUGUUGCCGGCAGUCGAGUCUUUGUUGCUCGACUUUACUUCUCAUUCAAGUACCGACAAUACCUUCUUGUUCGACAUGAAGUCCCGCGUCAUCCUCGCCACGGACAACAGACACCGCACCGACGAGCUCACAGAGCAAGUCACAGAAUACCUCGCAUCAUUCCUCCAAUUCCAAUCUCUCUACAAAGCUAUCGCCCAACGGCCUGUAGAGGAUAAUGAAGAUGAAGAAGAUGGAGAGGACGAGGAUGGCGAGGGCGAGGAAGAAGGAGGAGACGACGAGGAAGAGGAGGAGGAGGAGGAUGAGGAAGGGAGGGAAUGGUGGGAUGAUGAGGAUCCUGAUGCGCCUUGGAUGACCCAAUCUACGCGCUUACUGCCGAGCACUACACUGGCCAUGUGGCAAUUUACCCCGUAUCUUGCAUUGGUAGUCUUGCUACGGACAGACACUUGGCAAGUCCGCCGAGGGACCAUCGAGUACAACCUCACCUUCUUACGGCAAGGUGUUCGCGAGAUUCUGACUGUGGUCUGAUUAUCAAACAAAAUGAAAAAGGGGAAAUUGUUCUCCGUGUGAUUCAUCGUUGUCAUCAAAAUUCAAAUAUACUUGUAUAUAUAGCAAAACAUAUAACUUACAUGCACGCACCAUCCUCAUG